AGACUUCACUCAAACACCACAAGUUACUCCAACGGUUUUCAACGAACAACCCACUUUCUUUAAAUAUUCGGUCGAUUGCAGAUAUGAAAUUCGCAGGCCGGAUCCACUGUCAACUGAAAUAAAUAAAACUGAUGCUUAAAGUCUCCAGCGACGAGAUUUGCGACUUUCCAAUGGGCAUUUUCCCAAUACCGCAAUUGCAAUGCCUCUGCCAAAGCUCAGCCCGCUGCAAUCGCGGCUGGCUGCGUCUCUCAUGGGGUCAAUCAUGCUACUGAUAUUAUAUCUGACGUUUUCAUCCUCUCACUUCGCAUAUGCCGGCGAUGUUGAUUCGAUACGACCAGAAGAUCAUAACCAUGAGAGGUUGAUGGACAUAAAUAUCUUGGAAUUGAAUAGUGAACACGAGGUUAUAGAACUAGGAGUCGAAGGAUAUGAGUCCGAAUUUGUAGGAUUUGAUAGGAGCAUAAUCGGGAGGGUUCCAUCGGAGACUGAUCCCAUUCCAUUACUUAACAAUCGCGCUGUAACAACAAACAUCGAACAAGGACAAACAAUAUCGUUUUCGUUCCUAAACUCCUCAUUAUGGGGUGCCCUUUCUCCGCAAGCAAGCGAUCUACCCUCUUCUGUUCGGUUUCGGAAAAGGAAUGCUGAAAGUGUCGCUGAUACGGGUGAAGUGGCUUUCGAGAUUUCGGACCACGAGUUUCUUGGAGUAGAAGAUGAGGAGCAGAGCCCGCCCGAAGAUAAGGGUGCAGAUUCUAUAUUAUGGCCUCGACAAUCUAGCUCGGCGAGUACUAGGAUGCUAUACAUCACAGUUAAUACCUGCACGCAGCCCGAAGCUAAAGGGGCAAACAUGGAGGCACCCUCGCAGCUAGAACUCUACAUAUCAGAGUCAGGGGAGAACAAGAAUCCGGGACCUGGACAGGACGACAAUCUGCAGCAAUCUUACAAAUUGGAUGGCGGAGCCGCGCUGGUAACUUUGAAUGCUACCGGGGAUGUUUACAUUGGUCUGUCAGGCUCGAAUAUGAGCGCGGACUACACAGGAAUAUGGAACGCGCAGAUUGCCGCAUCGAUUGAUGCGCCUUACCAUUAUUACCACAGCGAUGAGUCAAAUCUCCUCCUUGUAGAUAGUGAUAGUGGGUCAGCUCUGCUUGUUACCCAUGAUCUCACCACAGAUAAUGGCUCAAUAUACAAUGAUUGGGUUAAUAUGACACCUCCCUUUACCAUGUUCGCCAGCAAAACGGCCAAUUCUUCCAUAACAGGCCUGCAAUAUUCGUAUUGUGGGCUGGAGAACAAGGCGGAAAUAGCAGGAACCAUUAAUGGAGGUCAGAGUACUGGCAAAAUCCAAGUGUCGAUGACUACAAGGGGCGAAGAUGACUAUCCCAAACAGCAAUUAUACUUUGACGGGUUAAGUGCUGGCACAUCCUACUAUGGUAUUCUCGCAAUGAAUGGUAACGCAACCGCUCUUGGGCGCGAGGGAGUAGGCGGUGGUGGACAAGUCUGGAAAGCCAUGAGCUUUUCAACAAUUUCGGGUAUGUUGCUGUGAUGAUUGUUAUUUACUUAUUGAGCUAAUUCCCUGCAUAGCCGAGAAUUGCGCCCUCGUGUAUAAUCUCACAUUCUGCGAUCAGGUUGCUUGGACGGUUCCGUCAAAUCCCAACAACUUUCCAAACACGUCCGCUCUUGCAGAAUGGUACGAUAAAUCUACCUACGAGUCUUACAAGUAUUUCAAAAAAGCUUUAGCACAGAUUCCUUGUAACACUACUUCGUCUGCUCAGUAUUCGCUUGCUCAAAAUUGCACUACUUGUGAUGCUGCGUAUAAAAACUGGCUUUGUUCAGUCACCAUACCAAGAUGUACCGAUUUUUCGAAUGAUUUUCCAUGGUUACAGGAACGAGCUAUGGGACAGCCGUUUCCAAACCAUACAAUGCUUAGUUCCGAGCAACUGACCCUAGCAAACUCCUCAUUGGCUAUGAACGGUUCUCGAAAUGUGGCUAUUGAUACACAGGUCCAACCCGGGCCUUAUAAGGAAAUCCUACCCUGCGAGGAUCUAUGCUAUGGGAUUGUCCGUGCCUGCCCUGCCAUCAUGAACUUCGCGUGCCCUACCCCAGGAGAUACGGGCUUCGAUACAAGUUAUGGCGUGCGAAGAACGGCAAAUGAAAGCGGGCAAGUUACAUGCAAUUAUCCCGGUGCUGUACAUGAUCGGUCGGUUGGGAGUAUAAGCUCGAUUCCACAAACAAUGGCAUUUGGAGCGGCAAUGUUGAGUACGAUGUUCAUGUUCAGUGGCAUCUGAGCAAUUUUAAAAUCAGGAUAAAGUAGCAUGGGCGGCGUAAAGGGAAACGGAUCUGAUCUAAAUGGGACUUUUGAAAUACCUCUACAAGAGAGGGUCGAAUGGCAUUCGAGGCUGUUGGACGGCAUUGUAUGACGCUGCAUUUUUUGUAUGACGAUGAAACUACAUAGACUUGUGCGAUAUAUGAAGUGUAUGACAAUGAUCAACC